AUGACACAGAGAAGCUCGGCAAGCAGUAAUGCAGGUCGAUUCACCCAUUUGAUCACCAGUCAUUCCGAUGCAGAUGCAGCAUAUAUACGAACGCCUCCAGAUCUAUUAGGAGUGAUUAUAGAUGUCGAUCCAGCAGUUUGGGCAAGAAAGCGAAACGGUUUACAACUCUUACGAAAAGCAACACAAGACGUUUGUGUAUUUCUGAAUGCUCAUUCAGCGUUAAGACAUGACAAUUGUUGUGCUGUCUACGCUGCAGGAAGGACAAAUGGAAAUCUGAUCUUCAGUAAUACGCCUUCUCUUUCUCAUGCGAAUUCGCUACAAUCCAGUUUGGAUGCAAAUACCUAUCAACCUUUCAAGAUUAUCGAUGAUGCAGUCAUGAGCGGUGUACAGACUGCCUUACAGGAUGGAAAGCAAGAUGUCGAACGACCUCCUUCGCAUGGAAUCGUUUCUUCCUUAGCACAAUGUCUUUGUCACAUCAAUCGAAUCGGACAGCUCACAUCGGCAGCAUCGGGAAUAGAAGAAGAUCCGAAAUCUAGCUCGGCAGGCGCGAAAGCGAAUGCAGGAAGAGGAUAUAAAAGUAGAAUUCUCGUCAUUUCUGCUUCUCCAGAUAGUUCAAGUCAAUAUGUCGCAAUGAUGAAUUGCAUCUUUGGAGCUCAAAAGAAAGGCGUAACAGUCGAUGUUUGCAAGAUCUUGGGAGGUCAGGAUAGCGUCUUCUUGCAGCAAGCAUCACAUCUGACCAAAGGAACGUAUUAUAGAUUAGAUCUCGUCGAAGGUCUGCUACAGACAUUAAUGACGACAUUUCUAGCAUCUCCUGCAAUACGCGAUCAGAUGCGCUUGCCAUCCAACGAUGAUGUCGAUUUCAGAGCAGCAUGUUUCUGCCACGGCCGAGUGGUUGACGUUGGAUACGUUUGUUCCGUGUGUUUAAGCAUCUUCUGUGAACCUCGCGAUAAAUGUCUGACAUGCCGUGCUACAUUUCCAAAAAGGACGUUACAAAGGUUUCAAGAAGAACAAAGAACGGUGUCAUGA